UAUGACAGAAUAAUCUUUAGACUUUGAUUACAUGUUUAAAUUUGUCAUAAUAGGAGAUUCAUGUAAUUAAGUAAAUUAACUUUAGCUGUUGGAAAAUCAUGCAUUCUCAGUAGAAUAAAUGGAAACUCUUUUAAAGAUAACCAUGAAGUUACAUUGGGUGUUGAUAUAGCUACUAAAAUAUUAAAAGUAUAGGGGAAAAUAAUAAAGGCAAGGAUUUGGGACACUGCUGGAUAAGAAAAUUUUAGAUCUAUUACAAGAUCAUAUUAUAGAGGGUGAGUAAUUUAAUAAAAUAUAGAGCUAUUGGAAUAAUGUUAGUAUUUGAUAUGAAGAAUAGAGAAUCUUUUGAAAAUAUUAAGAGUUGGCAAUAAGAGAUCAAUUAAUAUGCAAAUGAGAAAAUUAAAAUAAUAUUAAUUGCAAAUAAGUCAGAUCUAAUGAAUAAAAGGUAAACUAUAUCAAUAUUAAGGGAAGUAACUACUGAGGAAGGAUAAUAAUUAGCAAAAAAGAUUGGAAGUUAAUAUAUUGAAACCUCUGCUUUAAAUGGUAAAAAUAUAGAAGAAACUUUAUAAUUAUUAUCAUAAUCCAUAUUAAAAUUGAUUCAAGAGAAUCAUAUUGAUUUGACUAAUAAAAAUUGUGGUGUUUUGCUUCCAAACAAAACUGAAACCCCUAAUGAAGCAAUUUCUUAAGAUAGAUGUAAAUGCUGAGUU